GCCCCAUUGAGGCUUCACUCAUUUCUCACUCCAAAAUGCUAUCAACACUCCAUCACCCUCCUCGCUCUCUCUCUCGUUUCUUACCUUCCAAAAGUAAAACUCGCUCUUUCCACACAAAACCCAUUCUCUCUUCCUCACACCCCAUCAUCGAACAACCCCAUGCGUCCUCAACGUCACCACCCCAAUCCCAAAUUCUCUCCAUUCGUCAUUCCCUCCUCUCUCGCCACGUUACCGCCACUCAGCUGGCCGAAUCCUACUUAACUCGUCUUAAACUCACUGAGCCUCAGCUCAACUCCUUUCUUCACCUCUCCAACAAUGUCUUGAAAGAAGCACAAGCCAUUGAUGAAAAGAUUCAGAGAAAUGAAGAUGUGGGACCCCUCGCUGGGGUUCUUGUAGGAGUCAAAGAUAAUAUAUGUACGGUGGAUAUGCCCUCCACCGCUGGGUCUAAGGUUUUGGAGAAUUAUUGUCCGCCGUUCGAUGCCACUGCAGUGAAAAGAGUGAAGGAAUUGGGUGGGAUUGUUGUGGGUAAGACCAAUUUGGAUGAGUUUGGGAUGGGCAGCACCACUGAAGCUUCUGCUUUUCAGGUGACAGCAAAUCCUUGGGAUGUUUCUCGGGUUCCAGGAGGAUCAUCAGGAGGCUCUGCAGCAGCCGUUUCUGCUAGGCAGUGUGUAGUAUCUCUGGGAAGUGACACCGGUGGAAGUGUAAGACAGCCAGCUUCGUUUUGUGGUGUUGUUGGAUUGAAGCCAACAUAUGGCCGUGUCUCAAGAUUUGGACUUAUGGCAUAUGCAUCAUCACUUGAUGUCAUUGGUUGCUUUGGUUCAUCUGUUGCUGAUGCUGGAAUUCUUCUAAAUGCAGUUUCUGGUCAUGAUAGACUUGAUGCCACAAGUAGCAAGCAAGAAGUGCCUGAUUUCACAAGUCAAUUUGUUUCUGCCACUCUUUUGGAAUCCAAACCAUUGAAAGGGCUGAGGGUUGGUAUAAUUCGUGAAACUCUUGAUAACGGUGUUGAUACUGGAGUAAAAUCUGCAAUUCUUGGUGCUGUUUCCCAUCUGGAAGAAUUAGGAUGUACUUUGUCAGAGGUAUCAUUGCCAUCCUUUUCACUCGGUUUACCAGCCUAUUAUAUUCUGGCUUCAUCUGAAUCUUCUUCCAACCUUUCACGUUAUGAUGGUGUCAGAUAUGGGAACCAAGUUGUUGCUGAUGAGCUGAAUGCACUAUAUGAAGAUUCCCGUGCAAAAGGAUUCGGCUCUGAGGUUAAAAUGAGAAUAUUGAUGGGAACUUACGCCCUUUCAGCCGGAUACUAUGAUGCAUAUUACAAGCGUGCCCAACAGGUGAGGACCUUAAUACAGAAAAGCUUUAAGGCAGCUUUGGAUGAAAACGACAUUCUAAUUUCACCUGCAGCUCCAUCCGCUGCUUAUAAGAUUGGUGAGAAAAAGAAUGAUCCGCUGGCAAUGUAUGCAGGGGAUAUUAUGACUGUAAACGUAAACUUGGCAGGGUUACCUGCAUUGGUUUUGCCAUGUGGGUUUGUAGAAGGCGGACCUGCGGGCCUUCCUAUUGGUCUCCAAAUGAUUGGUGCAGCAUUUGAUGAGGAAAAACUGCUGAAAGUGGGUCAUAUAUUUGAGCAGACUCUUCAAGAUUGCAGAUUUGUUCCGCCACUCGUAGCAGAUGGGUUUGCUCAAUAGCCGUGAAUGAGCAGAGAUUUUCAAGGCUGGAUCUGCUUGGUGAUAUUGCAAUUUAAUUAGUGAGAAUUUGUGAUUUAAUAUGCAUAGAUGUGAAGCAAUUUGAGAACAAAUAAAAAGUUUAACAUCAAUUUAACAAGAAAAAAUUAAUCAGAAAAACAAUAAAACCAAAAUUUAUCAAGUAAAACUAC